AUGGAUUCUUGUACUGAAAUCUUCUUCAAGCUGUUGUUUCUGGUCCCUCUCCAUCCUUGGAAUAUAUUAGCAGCCGGAGAUAUCUAUAAUUGUGAUGAUCAGCUAGUGUCAGCCUUGUCUCAGUCAUCAUUCAGCAGCUCAUCAGAACUGUCCAGUAGUCACAGUCCAGGAUUUGCAAAGCUUAAUCGAAGAGACGGCGCUGGUGGUUGGACUCCACUUGUAUCAAAUAAGUACCAAUGGCUUCAGAUCGAUCUUGGUGAAAGGACUGAAAUUACUGCUGUUGCUACACAAGGUGGAUAUGGGAGCUCAAACUGGGUAACCAGUUACCUCCUAAUGUUUAGUGAUAGUGGAAGGAACUGGAAGCAGUAUCGUCAGGAGGAAAGCAUUUGGGCUUUUUCAGGAAACACCAAUGCUGACAGUGUGGUAUAUUACAAGCUUCAACAUUCCAUCAAAGCAAGAUUUCUACGAUUUGUCCCUUUAGAUUGGAACCAGAAUGGCAGGAUUGGGAUGCGGAUUGAAGUCUAUGGAUGUGCUUAUAGAUCUGAUGUAGCAGAUUUUGAUGGAAGGAGUUUCCUACUUUACAGAUUUAAACCCAAAUCGACAACAGCCAUAAAAGAUGUAAUUUCUCUGAAGUUUAAAACAAGCCAAAGGGAUGGGAUUCUGCUACACAGAGAAGGACAGAAUGGAGAUCACAUCACAUUGGUUUUAUCUAAUGGGAAGCUUUCCUUACUCAUCAAUAUAGGUGAUGCUAAAAUAUAUUCUGCUGAUGCCCAGAUUAAUAUCACUCUGGGUAGCCUUUUGGAUGAUCAGCAUUGGCAUUCAGUCCUCAUUGAACAUUUCAAUAAUCAAGUGAACUUUACAGUUGAUAAACACACUCACCAUUUUCAUGCAAAGGGAGAAUUCAAUUAUUUGGACCUUGAUUAUGAGCUCAGCUUUGGAGGGAUUCCAAUGCCUGGAAAAUCAGGGAUAUUUCCAUGGAAAAACUUUCAUGGAUGUUUUGAAAAUAUUUAUUACAAUGGUGUGAACAUUAUUGAUUUGGCUAAGAGAUAUAAGCCUCAGAUCAACAUAAUGGGCAAUAUAUCUUUUUCCUGUUCUGAGCCUCCAAUUAUUCCUGUCACCUUUUUGAACCCCAACAGCUAUUUAGCAUUGCCUGGAACAGCAGGACUAGAUGAUAUUUCAGUUAGUUUUCAUUUCCGCACCUGGAACAAUGAAGGACUUUUGCUAUCAAAUAAAUUAUAUCAGACUUCAGGUGGCCUCCUUAUGUAUCUAAGUGAUGGGAAAGUUAAGCUGAGCUUCUACAAACCCGGAAAGGCACAGAGUGACAUCACUGCAGGUGCUGGAUUACAUAAUGGGCAGUGGCAUUUUAUAUAUUUGUCAACUAAAAAGAAUCGUGUAACCUUAAUGGUAGAUAAUGAAACAAUGUCAACAUCUCAUAUGUUAGUACCUAUGCAUAUAUUUUCAGGAGACACCUAUUAUUUUGGAGGAUGCCCGGUUAAUGUCAACAACUCCGAAUGUAAGAAUCCCUAUAGUAGCUUCCUUGGAUGCAUGAAACAAAUUUCCAUUGAUGGCAAACCUAUAGAUUUAAUUUCAGUUCAACAAAAUUCAAUGGGACAUUUCAGUGACCUUCAGAUAGAUUUAUGUGGCAUUAUAGAUAGAUGCCUGCCCAAUUAUUGUGAACAUGGUGGUGAAUGCUCACAGUCCUGGAACAGUUUUUAUUGCAAUUGUGCAAACACAGGCUACACAGGGGCUACAUGUCAUUAUUCUAUAUAUGAGCAAUCAUGUGAAGCUUAUAAGCACAGAGGGAACAUUUCAGCCUUUUACUACAUCGAUUCAGAUGGGAGUGGUCCCCUAGGGCCAUUUCUUGUAUACUGCAAUAUGACAGAUACCACCUGGACAAUUAUACAGCACAACAACACGGAUUUAACCAGAGUCAAAACUGCUAACCGAGAGAACCCUCACAGUGUGUUUUUCAAAUAUGCUGCCAGCCUAGAACAGCUCCAGGCUACAAUUAACCAUGCAGAACAAUGUGAACAGGAGCUUGCUUACCACUGCAAAAAGUCACGACUUUCUAACAAGCAAAAUGGCAUUCCAUUCAGCUGGUGGAUUGGAAAAAUCAAUGAUACCCAGACAUACUGGGGAGGUUCCACUCCUGAUGUGCAGAAAUGUGCUUGUGGAAUAGAAGGAAAUUGCAUUGACUCCCAACAUGACUGUAACUGUGAUGCUGACAGAAAUGAAUGGACAAAUGACACAGGACUUCUGUCCUACAAAGACCAUUUGCCAGUAACAGAACUUGUCAUCACAGAUACAGGUCGUCCAAAUUCUGAAGCAGCUUAUAAACUUGGACCUUUAAUCUGCCAGGGUGAUAGAGAGUUUUGGAAUGCAGCCUCCUUCAACACGGAAGCCUCCUACCUUCAUUUCCCUACUUUUCACGGAGAACUAAGUGCAGACAUGUCCUUUUUCUUCAAAACUACAGCUUCUUCUGGUGUGUUUUUAGAGAAUCUGGGAAUCAGAGACUUCAUAAGGAUAGAACUGCACUCACCACUUGAAGUGACAUUUUCAUUUGAUGUGGGAAAUGGGCCUAAUGAAAUAACAGUGCAGUCACCUAUUCCCUUAAAUGACAACCAGUGGCACUAUGUGAAGGCUGAAAGAAACAUCAAAGAGGCGUCUCUACAAGUAGACCAGCUUCCUCAAAGGACUUAUGCAGCUCCAUCUGAUGGGCAUAUCCGUUUGCAGCUCAACAGCCAACUCUUUGUUGGUGGGACAGCAUCAAGACAGAAAGGAUUUUUGGGAUGCAUUCGUUUUUUACAAUUAAAUGGCAAAGCUCUUGAUUUGGAAGAAAGAGCCAAAGUAACCCCUGCUGUAAAGCCAGGUUGUCCUGGACAUUGUAGCAGCUAUGGUAACCUAUGUCACAAUGGAGGAAAAUGCAAAGAGAAAUAUAAUGGAUUCUCUUGUGAUUGCACUUUUUCUGCAUACACAGGGCCAUUCUGUAAGAAAGAGAUAUCUGCAUAUUUUGGAGCUGGUUCAUCAGUGACAUAUAACUUUCAAGAAUCCUACAAUGUUGCCAAGAACUCCAGUUCACAUGCUGCUUCUUUUCAUCCUGAUAUGACGCUAACCAGAGAAGCAAUCACACUGAACUUUCGAACAACACGGAUUCCAAGCUUACUUCUUUAUGUGAAUUCAUUCUAUAAGGAAUAUCUUUCAGUUAUUCUUGCAAAAAAUGGAAGUUUACAAAUCAGAUAUAAGCUAGAUAGCCAUCAAGAUCCUGAUAUCUUUAGCAUCAAUUUCAAAAGUUUGGCUGAUGGGCAGCUUCAUCGUGUAAAGAUUAAAAGAGAGGAAGAAAAGCUAUUUGUGGAGGUUAACCAGCAUGAAAGGAUGAAAUUCUUUCUGUCUUCAGAUAUUCAGUUCAAUGCAAUCAAGUCUCUCGUUCUUGGCAAGAUACUUGCAGAGAAUAGUGAUGUAGAUCCAGAUACUCUAAAGGCAAACUCUCAGGGGUUUAUUGGAUGUCUCUCUUCAGUGCAAUUCAAUCAUGUUGCUCCUUUGAAGGCUGCUGUCCACUAUCCCAGCUCAGCUCCAGUCAUUGUUAAAGGACAUUUCAUGGAAUCCAACUGUGGGACAUUAACAGGAACUGAUACAACAUCAAGUGAAACAACCCAUUCAUUUGCAGAUCAUUCAGGACCAAGGGAUGAAGGAGAGCCAUUAGCUAAUGUAAUAAAGAGCGAUUCUGCAAUUAUUGGGGGUGUGAUCGCUGUAGUGAUAUUCAUUCCACUUUGCAUUGUGGCCAUAGCUGUACGGAUUUAUAAAAAGAAAAAUGUAUAUAAGAAGAAGGAAGUGAAGGGGUCAGAAAAUGAGGAUAGUGCAGAGACUGUCCUGAAAAAUGAGAUCAACAUGCAAAAUGCAAUCAAUGAAAAUCAAAAGGAGUAUUUCUUCUGA